UCUCAUAGUUCCUUAUUGCAAUCUGUCUAUCUCUCUCUCUUGCAACGUCGUCCUUCUAGACCUCGCUCAUUUUAUUCUUCCUUAUAGGUCUUUUACUCCUGUCGAUUUGCUUACUGUCUUCGUUGCGUGUUUAGAAUGGCUCCCAAGACAGGAGAGGAGCAGAAGGCCGGCAAAUCCAAGGCCGAGAAGAAGCCGGUGGUGAAGAAGGCUGAGAAGAAGAUCAAGGCUGACAUCAAGGGUGAUGCCAAGAAGAAGAAGUCGAAGAAGAGCAUUGAGACUUACAAGAUCUACAUCUAUAAAGUUCUUAAACAGGUGCAUCCCGAUACUGGUAUAUCCUCGAAGGCGAUGGGCAUCAUGAACUCGUUCAUUAAUGAUAUUUUUGAGAAGUUAGCACAGGAGGCCGCACGCCUAGCCCGCUACAACAAGAAGCCGACCAUCACCUCUCGUGAGAUUCAGACUGCUGUGCGUCUGAUUCUGCCGGGUGAGUUGGCGAAGCAUGCUGUAUCUGAGGGGACCAAGGCUGUGACGAAGUUCACGAGCGCAUAAAAUCUUCCAGCUCGGCUUUAUCCAUAUCAACAUGGUGUUAUUAAACACCAUCUUUUGAGUUGAAAACAUCAUCCUCAACGCGCUUUGUUCGAUUGGGACGAUGAUCUAUUGGCUCUGAUGGUGGUCAGAGCAGUCUACCUCGUUUCUAGAUAUGGAACACGUGUUGCGGAUCGCGACCUGUGUGCUUGUUCGGACUGAGGUUACAGUGUCUUUGCUGUCUUGAUUGCGGGUGAGGAGUACCAACGUUCUGCAAUUUACAGUUUAUGUGUGCUCGAUUGAUGAAUGCGGGGUCGGAACUGAUUGCGAGUUCAGGAUUUUUAGGGUUCAAUGGCAUCGUAACUCAGAAGUGCGCCCAUGGUAGACUCGGGAGUAUGUGGAAUUAUAGAUCCACAGGAUCAGAUUUCAUAUUUGAAAUGGCCCAUGUGUACACCUAAUUGACGUGGCUGAUGUGCGGUUGCUGAAGCCGGUGGGUUCUUUACAAUGCCAGGUAAUCUCAUGUAUCUUCAAAAUGGAGGUGAGAGAAUAAGUACCUGCUUCAGCUGGAAGCAUUCGAAGAAGUGUGUCAGACACUCUGUAGUCAGCUGAAUGCUUUGUAACUUCUUACUUCUGCUUGAUUUGCUACGUACAACUGAUAUGCUGGGUUUGUUGGUAGUGGCUCUGUAUCAUUCGCUAGCAGAUAUGUUUCAAGUAAUGAUACUAAAUGAAGAAUAUGGUAACUAUCAUGAAUGUGGUUGCCUGUGGUUGGUUUUGUAUUAGUAGAGUAAUUAAGACGUUAUUUUUCUAUUCUGUUCAUGAUGGUUAAGAUGGAUAGGUUACUUUAGUAAAAUCUUGGGUCUAUUUAACAUUCUCCUCAAAUAACUUCUUAUAUGCUACUUAGUUGACUCUUCGAUAAAUCUUAAAACACUCUUGACAUUAAUAGAAGCAUCUUCUAAA